AUGGCAACUGAAAACGAGAAGGCGCCAGCUCAAUCUCCGGCUUCAGCUGUGUCUUCAUGCCGGAAGAAGAAGAACGAAAGUGCCACUUUCUUGGAAGAUGUGAGGGACCACAUUGAUGAGUUCAUACAUGCUUCUAUGGACGAACACAAAACUUGCUUCCAGAAGACAAUUAAGAAGAUGUUUGGCAUGUCCAAAAUUGUUGCGGAAAGGAGUUCCGAGACUAAGGAAGUGGAAAGCAUUCUGCCUCUUCAGACUACCGUAGCUAAGUAA